ACCUCUCUUCAUUCACUUUCUCCGUUACUUCAAGUCACUACUUUUCUUUAAAAUCAACACCCAGAGAGAAAACAGAAGACAAACUCUCAACUGUUCCUAUUUGCUUUGUUCAUCCAUACAUGACCAUAUUUUGUUUUUCUUGAUUGAAUGAAUCCCUGGUGAAAUUCAUGUGAAACUUUGGGAAAAAGGGAUCUGAGAAAGUGAAAGAAGUGGGAAAGAUAGAGUUUUUAUGAUGGAAGCGGGUGACUUGCCUGUACAACAAGUUAGUUGCCGCUGAAAGUCAGGUGAAUGUAGUGUUCUUUAUAGUUUAUACCCCUCCUUUUCAGUUACUUGCCCGUACAUCCACCUUUCUAUGUUUAGAACAUUGUUUUGACUAUGUUUUCACUAACCCUUUUAGUGUAGAAGCUUAAAAAGAGAGAAAGAAGGAGACUUUCUUUUUUUUUCAUAUAGUUGAUGGGAGGAUUUUAGAAUUUGCUGUUUUUGCAGUUUUGCAUGUUCUGUCUGACUGAGGUAAGAUUAAUUAGUGUUGUCUGUUGGUGAAGUGAGGUGUUUUGAGUUUCUAGCUAUUGUUCAUUUGUGGGAUGUACUAGAAAGUUGGGAUUUUAAGCUCUAGAGAUUGGAUUUUUAUGAAUUAAUAUUGGUCGGUUAGUUUUGGCUGUUGCCUUUUGUCCUCUGAGCUUUUCGCUUGUGUUUGUGCAUACAAGUGGCAAACACCGAACGGCUUGUAUGUUGGGAUUUUGGCGGAGGCAGUAUUGGAAAAAUGUGGAAAAAUUUAGGAUUGAAUGCUUAAGUUGGAGGGUUAUUUUUGAUGGCUUGGAUUUGGGGAUGACUGUAAUUGGGUUGAUGCACAACGUUGAUGGGAUUUUGUAAUGAAUUGUGGCAGAUUUUCUUGUAUUUAUGAUGCCAUAAUUGAGGAGAUUUUUUUUUGGGUAGUUUAAGAAGAUUUGAGUCGGUUUUUUUUUUUUUUUCAUAUUAAGAGAAUGCAGAUUAUUCUGAUAUCUUGGAUUGAUUUGAGAAACUUUCUAUUAUUGGAUCUAUUUGUGUACUGAUCAUGACCAAGGUUGUCCGCGACCGGGUGCUUAAGGAUGCAAAUGGUAACAUUAGUGAUCACCUACGCAAUCACAUACAUUUGACGAAUUGUAUUCAUCUGAAGAACAUGCAUAAGCAUAGCCCUAUGUUGGCUGAUAAAUCCCUGAUGAGGGACCUUGUUAUCCUUCAGAAAUCAAGGUCUCUUAGAGAUCCAUCUACAAGUCCACCAUCAUGGCAUUCUCCUGUUGAUUUACUUCUUAAAAGAGGUGAAAAAGAGUCAACAAUUGGAAAUGGGAGGAGGAGUGUGGGCAUUGAGCGGCCAAGGGCUGUUGGAGGGAUGUCUGGAAGUUCGCCAUCUGUAGCUGAUCUACCAACAGCUAAAGUGACGGCUGGUGAAGUACACAGGCAUAUGGAUGGUGUAGCUGCUGUGAGCGAGCAUAGUAGCAAGAAUGGGGCUCGUGAACGUAGAAGGGUUAAGAGGGAAGAGUCAAGUGGGAGGAAUUUUGGGACUGAUCUCAUGGUUGAGAAGGAUGAGCACGAUCUUUCAAGAGAGGGAAGUACUUUGCGACAUGAUAAUGUUUCUGGAAGCUCAGGAUUCAGGGACGAGGGUGUCAAACAUAAAGGGAGGCAUAGUCAAGUUGAUCACAUUAAAACCCUCUCUGAGCAGUUAAAUGAGCUCCCAGGUGAUAGUGAUGAUGCAGCUUUAUCUCGCGUUCAUGUGCAUGCAAGACAUUCUCUAACUGACCAGAUUGCUGAAGAUGCAGAAGCAACCAUUCGUGGCUACUCCAGUGGCCUAAAUAGAGGGAAGAGGCGUAAAUUUCGAGGUGCAAGAAAAACGCGGGCCUCGGUAGCACCCAGGCAAUUUGGAACCCAAAGCGAAAUGUCCGUGGCCUCUAAUUCGUUUGCUUCAGGUGCAGCACACCAAAAAUAUCAACUAGGGGAGGCAGAUGAAGGAUAUGGGCAUCAACAUGUCACAAGGGCUCCUAGGAAUGGGUGUGGAAUUCCUUGGAAUUGGUCACGGAUUCACCACGGGGGUAAAUCUUUCCUUGACAUGGCUGGUAGAAGUUUGUCUUGUGGUUUGUCUGACUCAAGACUAAAGAAAGGUGGUCCUGUUCCUCAAGGAAGUGAGGUUCCUGAUAUUUCUAUGAUGUCUGACCACUCAUGUUCAUCUACAAGAUCUGAUGCAGAAGCGCUGCCACUACUACUUGAUGCUUCUGGAUCCCAGGGAAGUACGGAAAAUGCUGCUUGGUUUCACGAUUACUCAGGGGAGUUGGGUAUUUUUGCUGACAAUCUACUAAGGCGUGAACUUGACUCAGACCUUGCCUCAGAAGCUAGAUAUGGGGAGCAAUACAAACAUAGAGGGCCUCGUAAUGGGCGACAUCAGAAUCUGACCCAAAAGUACAUGCCAAAAUCCUUCAGAGAUCUGGUCGGGCAAAAUCUGGUGGCUCAAGCCCUUAGCAAUGCUGUUACAAAAAGAAAGGUUGGUUUGCUUUAUGUGUUUUAUGGCCCUCAUGGCACAGGGAAGACUUCCACAGCACGCAUAUUUGCAAGAGCAUUAAAUUGCCAGGCUCUAGAGCAUCCCAAACCUUGUGGAUUUUGUAAUCCUUGCAUUGCCCAUGACAUUGGGAAGAGUCGAAAUAUAAGAGAAAUAGGCCCUAUCAGUAAUUUUGACUUCGAAAGCAUCAUAGAUCUUCUUGACAACAUGAUUGUUUCCCAGAUGCCAUCCCAGUACAGAGUGUUCAUAUUUGAUGAUUGUGAUAGUCUCUCUCCUGAUUGUUGGAGUGCUAUAGUUAAGGUAAUUGAUCGAGCUCCUAGGCGCGUGGUCUUUGUCCUUGUUUGUUCGAGUCUCGAUGUUUUGCCUCAUAUAAUCAUAUCGAGGUGCCAGAAGUUCUUCUUCCCAAAGUUGAAGGAUGCUGAUGUCAUAUACACCUUGCAGUGGAUUGCAUCCAAAGAAGGUUUAGAGAUUGAUAAGGAUGCUCUAAAACUUAUUGCAUCAAAAUCAGAUGGAUCUUUAAGGGAUGCUGAGAUGACUCUUGAACAGUUGAGUUUGCUUGGGGAGAGAAUCUCUGUCCCUCUGGUGCAGGAAAUGGUUGGGCUCAUUUCAGAUGAGAAGUUGGUGGAUCUGCUUGAUUUAGCUUUAUCCGCAGACACAGUAAAUACAGUAAAGAAUCUGAGAGAGAUAAUGGAAUCUGGUGUGGAACCACUUGCUUUGAUGUCACAACUUGCCACUGUGAUCACCGAUAUUCUUGCUGGUGGCUAUAACUUCACCAAAGACGGGGCUAGAAGGAAAUUCUUCCAGACACAAGCAUUAUCAAAGGAAGAUAUGGAAAAGCUGCGUCAAGCUCUGAAAACAUUAUCUGAAGCUGAAAAGCAGCUUAGGAUGUCCAAUGACAGACUAACUUGGCUAACAGCUGCACUAUUGCAACUUGCUCCUGAUCCACAAUAUAUAUUACCCAGUUCUUCUGGUGAUACUAGCUUUAAUCACAGUCCUCUCGAUUUAAAUAAUGUUGCCGUCCGAGAUAGACCAAGGAAAAGUAGUGGUGAACGUGCUGAGGUGCCUAAAGAGAGAGGAUUGUCAACACGAGUUAGAAAAGGGAAUGUUCAAACUGGAAAUGCCGGUGGUUUUAAUUAUAGCAGUAGGUUGAAAGGUACUAGUUUAGAUACAGGAACAAGUAACACAACAGUUCCACAACAGGCUUACAUCUUUUCCAGUAAAAGAGAUAAAGUAAGCAGCGGGCAGUUACAAGGUAAAUUUCGUAGUGAAAUUGAAGAAAUUUGGCUGGACGUGCUUCGCAAGAUUCAAGGAGAUAGCCUAAGAGAGUUCUUGUUCCAAGAAGGAAAGCUGAUCUCUGUCAGUUUUGGUGCAGCUCCAACUGUGCAGUUGAUAUUUAGUUCGCAUCUUAUGAAAUCCAAGGCAGAGAAAUUUGGUGCACACAUUUUACAAGCUUUCGAGUGUGUUCUUGGGGCCCCUGUGACAAUAGAAAUCAGAUGUGAUUCGAGUACAGAUGUCAAGGCAGGGCCAAUUGUCUUACCAGCAUCUCAGGACGGUUUGUCCCAUGUAGAGAAAAACCGCAUUUCGCUUAGCAGCAAUAAGGUGCCAGGUAUCAGCCGAAGUAACCAUAGAGAUAGAGAUAGUUCAACUCAAGUUCAGUUCAGUUCUGCUGGAUUAUGUAGAAGUGAGAUUGUUGAACUGGAUACUUCUCCAAGAGAAGCAAAGGGCAAUGAGCAUCUAAAAAAUGAUGCACAGGGUGAUAGGGAAAAUGUUGCAAGUGCUUCAGUUGGAGGAGGAACUGUUCCAGAAGGAAGAAAGCUGGGGGACAGAAAUCAGAGUCUGAGUCUUGUAAGAGGCAAGGUUUCCCUUGCGCAUGUAAUUCAACAACAUGCAGAAGGAUGUUCACAGCAUAGUGGGUGGUCAAAACGCAAGGCUGUGUCUAUUGCUGAAAAGCUUGAACAAGAGAACCUGAGACUGGAACCUAGAUCAAGGAGCUUACUUUGCUGGAAAGCUUCUAGAGUAACUCGAAGAAAGCUUUCACGUUUAAAAGUCAGAGGAAGGAAGCCUCAAACUUUGCUUAAAUUUGUCUCCUGUGGAAGGUGCCUUUCUGGUAGAUCUCCAAGGUAGAAUACUGGAUGUAGUAGCUGAAGACUUAAAGUGGAGAUAUUAGGCAUAGUAGCAACUUCAAUUUAUUUUUAGUACCUUACAGUUUAGAUGGCAAUUUAGCAUAUCUUUUAUUUUGUUUACCAUUUGAAAUAAGUUCGAUACAAAUAAAAGACAAGACAAAUCACAUAUUAGGCCAUGCAGUAAUAUUUAGUAUUCAUUCCUCUCA